AUGGAACUACUUCGCCUGCAAGAAGAAAGCAACAACAACAGCAACAGACAACAACAGCACCAUCACCUUUCAAAACGCCCCCUCCCGCCCCCGCGCCAAUCUUUCACCACUCAUCAUCAUCAUCAGCAGCCACAGACGACGGUGAUGAACCCUCAUCUAAACCUCCCCAACAUCUCACCACAACUGGCCACCGCCACCAACUUCACUUCCACCACCACCACCAAUUUACCAUCAUCGUUGCCGUCCUCAUCGUCUUCACCGUCACCAUCUUCAUCAUCAUCAUCAUCAUCAUUGUUGGUGUCGUCACACCUAAAUCUCUCCCUCUUCAAUCUGAAUUAUCCAAGUUACGUGAACUAUGGUUGGUUUGCGUUACCAAAUAAUUACUCCAACCAGUCGAUCACCUCUGCGACUACCACCAAAUCGCCAGUAACGACGCUUCAAGAACUUCAAGAGCUACAAGCGUCAUCGUCGUCGUCCUCAUCAUUACAGUCGUCGAAGAAGCCACUGUCUUCAUCCUCAUCAUCAACAGCGUCGUCGCUAGCUGCAGCGUCGUCGCUAGCUGCAGCGUCGUCGCUAGCUGCAGCGUCGUCGCUAGCUGCAGCGUCGUCGCUUGCUGCAGCGUCGUCAGCCACUUCAUCGUCGUCCAGUCUGAACAGGCACAGCAAGGACUCUGGGAUCGCCGUUGAUGUUGCUGAUGCUGUUGGAGGAGCUGAUUGUAAAAAGUUCGCGAAUCUGCAGCUGCUACAGCAGCGACAUCUAGCGCCGCCGCCGCCGCUAAAACAACAGCCACAUCAACUGCAAUUUCAAGUGUUGCCUCAGCUGCAACAAAGUUUUUUGUUGCAGCAACAGCAAGUGUUGCAGCAUGCCUUGUUGCAACAACAGCAGCAACAACAUCAACAACAACUCCAGCAAUUUACUACUUACGAUUCUUUUCCUAAUGCGCUGAGUUCGGGGGACAACAGAAACAGUUCCGGGUCAUUUGACAGUGGCUUGCUGUCAAAUGGAACCGGUAGUAGUAAUAGUAUCUUAGAGAGCAACAGCAAUCAUCAUCAGCAUCAUCAACAACAACAACAAAGUUCUGUCGCAAAAGUCAUCAACAACAGCAAUAUCAACAACAACAACAUCAACAACAACAACAACGCCACUAACCUAGCGACUACAUCGUCAACAUUAUCAUUAUCAUCAAACUCGUCAUCGUCGUCAUCAACAUCAAAUUCGAAAUUUAACUUGAUCGGCAAGAGGAUGAAAUGA